UAUUUAAGCAUUUAUUCAGCUUACAUUGCUUGUCAUAAUACAAUGUAGAAAAGCUGGUGCUGCAGUAUCACAGCAGCGCUAAUUUUUAGUUUACAAAGGCAUAGUGAUAGAACUACAUCGGAAGAAUAUUUAAGCAUUUAUUCAGUUUACAUUGCUUGUCAUAAUACAAUGUAGAAAAGCUGGUGCUGCAGUAUCACAGCAGCGCUAAUUUUUAGUUUACAAAGGCAUAGUGAUAGAACUACAUCGGAAGAAAUGUAUUAGACAUUUCCGGUAUGUGUGAAUUUGAAUAUAUGAUAAUGUUUUGGAAGUGGUCGUCCACUUUUCUAAUUAAAGAUUAUUUUACCUUAGCGUAGCGCAUAUAUCUUGCGUAGGUACUAUCUAAAAUAAAUAAAUACAAUAAAGCACGCAACAGAUGGUAAGUAUCUACCUCUAUCAGGCAAUUGUUAUCGUCAGGGGGCGGUGUACCGUAUCAAAUUUACUAGUGAUUUAAAACUAGAUGAAUUUCAAUUUACAGACACAGUCAACAACCAUGUAUCCGGGCGUAACGAUCAGUGUUUGCAUAAUUUUUUUCUCGUGGCAUGUCAUCAAUGCUGAAGACUGUCCACUAGGACGCGAUGAACCGAUGCAUUAUGAAGCAAAAUUAUAUAAGGAUUUAUUAUGUGCCUACAGUUAUGAACAUCGUCCUGUUACUGAUCAUAAAAAAACAGUCACUGUUAAGGUUCGCUUCUCAAUAAAAUAUUUAAACUUCGAUUCAUUGGAGGAGACAUUUACUGUACACAGUUGGGUUGCAAUGUCUUGGCUGGAUGAGUUCUUACAUUGGGAACCAGCUAAUUACGGUGACAUUAAAGAAUUGCAAUUGGAAAGCCACGAAAUUUGGACUCCACGUAUGGCUCUCUUCAACGCUGAUGCUUCUGUGUACCAAUCGGACCUAUUUUAUACUACCUGCACUGUAGAUUACAAAGGAAUUGUCACAUGUGUGCCCCAUAUUGCGCAUUCCGGUAUUUGUCGGACAUCGUUGACUCGCUGGCCGUAUGAUGUACAAAACUGUAGUUUGUAUUUCGGAUCUUGGAUGCAUAAAGGAGAACAAGUCAAUUUUACCUUCUAUAGCAGUCAACCAAUUGUCACGAGUGAUUUUCAAAAUGGAUCCGAUUGGAGUUUACUACGAGUAACAAAUGAGAGAUUACCAGGAAUAUACGCUUGUUGUCCCAAUGACACAUAUCCAAUGUUGAAGUAUACAUUUGUGUUAAAGAGAGAAGCGGCAGGACCUGCCGCUGUAGUCGUAAUACCGUCAAUUGUAAUAGUUUUAAUAACAUUGUCUUCUGUGCUCCUUGGCGUAAAAGAUAAUGUUAGGCUGAUAUUACUCUGCUUCAGUCUUUUCGGCCACUUUACAUUUCUUACCGAAAUCGGAUAUGAUAUUCCAAAACAUGGAGCCGAUACCCCUAUUAUUUUGCUGUUUGUUCGUGACUCAAUGGUAGUAACGCUAACUGCGAUAUUGGUAACAUUAUUACUAAUGUCGAUAACAAAACGGGCCCUACCAGCUCCAGGCUGGAUCAUAUCUUUAAACCGACUGUUAGCUAGUGGACCUGGGAAGUAUGUAGUCUUUACAGAAUUUGACCCUAGUGACUCUUCCAAACAUAGACUCGCGGAGGAUGACGGCAAUGCUCAUGAAGAAACAAAACGAUCUACCGAUUGGAUACAGUUCGCUAAUUUAGUCAAUAGUUUCAUGUUCAUUGUCAUAUUCUUAGUUUACUUUAUUUUAAUUUGUAUUUACAUCCCGUAUGACUAAGACAUUUCAAUUGU